AUGAUCAAUAAGACCUGCUUCAUAAGAAUUUUAUUUUAUCUCAAUGAAAUUUUUUUGAUAUCUUUCAAAUAUGCGUGUGCUCAAAAUUUGGCACUCAACAAGCCAACAGCCAGCAGCUCGGUUUACGCAAGUGAAGGAAUAUACAGUGGCCCAAACUUGAUGGUAGAUGGCGAUAGAGAUCCUGAAUAUUUUGCUGGACACUGUUUCAUGUCAAGUGAUGGUCCGGCUGGUCCUAAUUGGGCUCUGCUUGAUCUCGCGGAUUACUAUUUUGUUGACUCUGCCAUACUGUUCGCAAGAAAUGAUAAGGGGACUUACCCCCUCUGUGGCCAGUACAGAUACCCAAUUGUGGCCAGUGCCAAACACACCCUCAAAUGUAAUGCCAACAUCAAAUUAUCAUAUCGUUACGUCAUCGUCCAACAACCCACCAAUGGAGACGGUUAUCUUACAGUCUGUGAAAUGGAAGUUUACUCUGCUAAAAAUCUAAAUUCCAAAAUAUGGAAACGUCACUCCAACUAUCAGUUGGUCGGAUACAAUUUCGGCGAAAUCAAACCCAGCAACAAACUUGAGUGCUUGCUGAAAUGCCUACCAGGUGAAUGUGAUUCUUUUAAUUUUCAAGUCGUUGAAGAAAUCUGCCAAUUGAACAAUCACCUGAACGGCUACGAGCAAAGUGACUUGAGAAAUACAUCUGGAUGGUCGUUUUACGAAGUUCACUUUGCCUAA